GAGAAGAAGCCUGGAGUUACUGCUUCAAAUGCACCUGUGAAGUCAACCAGCAAAACUGCCGCUACAAAAGCCAAGAAAAAGGUACAUGUAUCUGUCACUACUAGUGGGUUGCUAUCCUGAGGGAACACAAGAGUUCUGUAGUUAAAUGGAAGGGGUCAUAGGGGGCUGGAGAAACAAUAUAGUUCAAGAUGCUUCUACUGCUCUCCUGUAUAGCUGUUAUUUGGAACCUUGCCAUCCAAUGACCUGUCUCAAGAGAAGAAUACCAUAUUGAUUCAAUCAGGCAUCCUGAGUGCUUAUGAAAUUUUUAGGCCUUGAGAGAGGGGGCUGAAGAGUUUAGGCUGGGUGCUAAUAUUUAAUUUUCAAUAUUUUCAGCAAGUAGUUAGUUACUUUUCCAACAAAACUGUAAAUAAUAGCAAAACCUGGGGAUGUGCCAGAGCGAACUCUCUGAUGUUGCCUAGUACAAUGUAGAUGUCUCACAGUGUAAUGUCUUAAAAUGGGUCAGUCAAAGAGAAACAGAUAGGGCAGUAAAGAAAAUUUAAUAAUAACCAAUGUACUCUUCUUGUCCACUUCAGUUUUUUUGGAGGGAAGGGUGGUGGGUUGGCAUUGGUACUUAUUCGAGGCUGUAUGCUAAAUUAACUUUUCCCCCUUACAAAAGGGAUGGGUGCUUAUUUGAGAUGAGUGCUAAUUUGAGGUAGGGUGCUUAAUCUAAUCAAUAUGGUAUUACUAUAAAUGUAAUGGAAAAUAGCUAUCCGCAUGAUGACCAUGGGGACAAAAAUGAGUAUAAUAAUAUGCGGGAUACUGCUGCACGGGGUAUUAUAAUGUUACGUCCAAAGGGGGAAAAACAAGUGAUAUAAAGGGGCAAGAUUACUUGAACUCAGUUUUUUAAUACUUGAACUUAGUAUUAAAGAAUAUCUGAAUGACCUUUUUAGGAGGAUGAUGAUGCAACACAGGUUGGGGAUGAUCUGGAUGAGUGGAUGCAGGUAGAAUAAAUAAAUUUCAACUUUUUCAUGAAAAUACCUGUAGUAAUGAUUGUUUCUAGAAUUGAAAAAGAUUUAUUUAUUUUUAAACAGAGUCCAAAAGAACGAUCAUCUGCAACCAUCUUUUCUAAAGUUGUUAGUUUGUGUCAUUGAUUUACACAUUUUGUCCACUUUUCUUGUAAUCAAAUUUUACAUUUCACACUGAGUGUCGAUCCCAUAUAAUUGCACAUAUAAGGAAAAUCAUUGGUUGACUAAAUGGUGUGAAUAUUUUUUGUUUUAUAUGACUACUUAAUUAAUAUGUUUUUACUGAAACAAAAGAGGAUUUAAUAAUCAUAUAUUGUGUGGUUCCAAAAAUUAUCCAUACCUCUCCCACUGAAGGGAGUUUUCCUUAGGGCCCCCACCUCUCUGGCAAUUCCAGUCAAGCUUCAUACAUUGACUUAAAUUUUUGAGCCUUUGAGAACCCCCCAUCCCCCCAGGAAUUUCCAAUCCCUUCUGAGGGCAACACCCAAUCAAGAAAUACCUUUGACUAUGUCAAAAAAAGACGAAAUGGCAGACAGAACUCCCAGGAGGCUUUGCCUGUCCCAUUCCCCCUUCAAUAGGGCCGAUUUUUGCGGGUAGGGGAUGGGUCAUUUCAGUUCGUCUGGUGAACAGACUUGGAAAUUGAUUUCGAAUGAACACAAAAUUAUUGUGUGGAGUUAUUGGCGCUAUAUAGAUCUACACGGAAUGAUUAUCUAAAUACAGUAUUCAGUGAUGUAGUUAUCCUGUGCAGGAGCCUCAGAAACAAGCGGCCCUCCCACGGUCCUGAUGGGAAAAGCUUCAACUUGUAGCAAUUCUCUCUCUGUGUAUGAAAAGUCUUUCCUCACAUGAGAGGCCAGGAAUAUGCUAUUUGUAGAUCGUGGACUCUGAUUUUUUCUUUGUCCCAUGCUCAUGACUUGUUGAUCACACCAUAAUUUUCGCAUUUCUUCACCAAGCUUAAAAGUUACCAUCUUUCUUUAUUUACCACAAACAUGACGUUUUCAACAUUGCUGAUCCUAGCAGUAUGGAGGACGCAUGUAAUACAUGAACCUUGUAUUUGGCCUGAGCUCGCCAUGAGUCCUUCGUAGCUCAGUGGUUAGAGCAUCCAACUGGUUUACGGAAGGUCAUAAGUUCAAUUCCUGUUGGGACUCAGAUUUUUUCUUUGUUCCAUGCUUGUGUUAUGUUGAUCAUACCAUUUCUCAUUUCUUCACCAAGCUUAAAAUUUACCAUCUUUCUUUGUUUUCACAAACAGAAACAUAUUCACUUGCCAUGGAUUGUUAGAAGGGCUUUAAAUACAAUAUCCAACAGUUUGCGAGUUUUAAGGAACAGAAUAUUACUGUUAUAUAACAGUAUUUAAAACAUCAGACCCUGUCAUGUUUUUAUAAGAGUACAUUGAAAAAUAAUUUUUGGAAUUUUUGGUUAGAUCAAAUAAGUCACGUUAUACUGUCAUGCUAUAUUUGGGGCGUAGAGGGGGUGCAUUAUGGAAAUGUCCCAGUUGAAAAUAAUACCAAUCAUUUCUUGUUUCAUAAUAUUAACUGGCCUAUUUUCAUUCAUGAUGGUGGAAGUCGCUAUACAGCCUCGGCUUAAAAACAUGCACUAUGCAGCCCAAUGAACCCCCGCUAUGAGGGUCUUGUCUUCAUAACCUUUUAACAUACUUACUGUAACCUAGGGUGACCAUUCACGUACGUAUCACUAAUAUGAUGUGACUUUCACUGCUAUUUUUAAUAAUAUUAUAAUAUUAAUUUUGAUAAUAAUAAUAAUAAUAAUAAUGGUAAUAAUGAUAAUAAUAAUAUUGUCUUUACCCAUAAAUCAAUACAGCACAUAUGUAUAUGUAUCAAAAUUAAUGUAACAUAAAUUAAUUGUUUUAAGAUUAGCGACGUUCUACUUGCCAUGCUUAAAUGGCUGUGGUGUGGCGCACUGAUAUGUAUAUUGAUGUAAGGGGUUUAAGAGUGUAAUAUUUAAUGUAGUGUGUUGUAUUUUAUUGUGUUGCAGCCAAAACAGCUCAUCAAGCCAGAUGACCAACUUGAACUAACUGAUGAAGAGCUGAAAGUAGAGUUUACUAGAAUCUUGACUGCAAAUAACCCUCAUGCCCCAAGCAAUAUUGUCCGCUACAGCUUCAAGGUAACUGAAACUUUAUUCAGUUCAUAACUGUGUGUUUUAAACAUAAGUUUCUAAUAUUGGUCAUCACUGUGCACGUGUAUUACAUUAUUACUACAUUAAAAACCUUUGAUUUGUCUUUGAUUUCUUUAAGAGUGUCCAAAUAAGAAAGACAAACAAGAUGAUCAAAGUCAUAAGGGUUUCUUAUAACUAUAGUAUUAAUUUAGUUAUUGCCUUAGAUCAUAAGUGAGGGUAUGGUAGACAUAGCUGUUGUUGGUAAAAUUUAUUCUCGGGUUAAACCAGAAUUUUUGCUGUCUCCUAUGUAUUUAGAGCUAGGCAAUAAAAGGAAACCUUAAAUCAAACAAGAUUGAACACUGUUUUAACCUGAAAAUGGAUGUUACCUAUACGUCAUUAACAUAUGACCACCAGACAAAAAAGUGGUUUAAUCAUUAUGAAUGAUGUUUUUACAGUAGUUUCCUUCAUUCUUACUGCUCUAAGUAUUAAAUAAAAAUGACAAAUAAAAAACUUGUCCUUGUUAUUUUUAUAUCACUUAUCUUUUCUAUAAUCUGGUCAAAAAUGUAUUUAUACCUACCAAAUCUGCUGAAUUAAGAUUAAUCCAACAGACGACAGUUGAGUAGUAUAGCAGAUUAGAUGACCUUUUCCAUAUUCUCGGCAGACAUUUCCUGUUAUUACUUUGCUAAAAGGAUAUGUACCAUAUGUAUAUACAGAGUUGAUGUACAUUUGUAGUCUCUUGUUCUCUUACCCAAGCUCCGUUGAAUUCAUUUUAAAAGCUGUCAGAGGACAAAAUGAUGGAUUCUUUCCCUAAAUAUGCAGCUUUUGAAGUACUGAGCCUUAGACAUUCAUAUUGUGAGCAUCAAACAAGAGCAAAAAUUUCAAAAUAUUCGGUUUAAUUUUAAUCAGUUAAAAAGAUUCAGUACAUGAUAAUGUUGGUAGUUGACAAAAGCAUGUUAAAUUGGAAGAUUGUUUCUUUCAGAAACCUGUCACUGAUUCUCCACACGUGGUGAUCACUUAGGUCACCCCAAAAAAGUGAUAUAUACAUUUACAAGCAUAAGAGAUUCCCAAACACAUCUAACAAAAUAUUCCUGGUGUACCCUUGUUAAUUUGAAUGCACUUAAAAGUUCUUGUUUGAUCUUUAUUUGGUUUAUUUUACUUUUUAUUAUCAUUUUUGAUAUAAGAAAAUGUGACUUAAAAUUGAUUUUCAUAAUUAAUUUUAAUUUUGAUCUUUCUUUCAGGAAAAAUGUUACAAAGCAACUUCAAGUGUAGACCAGUUGGCAAUUCACUUUGCACUUGAUGGGUGAGAGAAUACUCAUGAUAAAAUACUUCUUUUAAAAAUAAUACAGUCUGUUACAAAUAAAAUGAUAGGAAGUUCUCCUUUCACAUUUUUUAUGACAAAAACACAUAGUUAGAGUAAUGGCUGAUGGGACCCUGUUGUGCUUAAUGUGACAUAUUUUGUAAAUGAAUGUACAUCUGUAACUUGUUGGUUUGUUCUUUUUUGCACAGGAAUAUGCUUCAUAAAGACUCAGAUGAAGCCAGAAGACAGCGUGCUCGGCAAGGACAUGAAGAAGGUAUAUUGUAGUGUGUAUUUGUAGGAAAUGUAGAACAAUAUGUAAAGCUAUUUGACGGUGUAUCAGUGUUGUACAAAGAUAAGUUUCUUUUCCAGUGCUUUUUGGAAUGAGCGUUUAACUUGUCUUUACUAGUUUGAGAUAUUUAUUUAUUCCCCCAGGGAUUAUUUUUUAGUCUAAGCAGUGCCCUAGCCUGUCCUCAGCAAGUUCUUGGUUAGGUCAUUCAUUCAAGUAUAUAUUUUAAAUAGACAUAUCUGAUUAUUGAAUGUUAGGUUGGAAAAUAUUUUUUACUUACAAACUUAAAAUUUAAGAUUUGUCAAGUUAUAAAUUAUACUGAGGGUUAACUGAGCUCUUUUUACAUGUAUGAGAUUUCAAAUGCUCUUUUUGUGAGGACAGUGUUUCUCAAGUACAUAAACUUUUUGCAUGAUAAAUAUAAUUCAACGACAAUAAAUAACUAAAGUUGUGAUGCCUCUUGCACAAGAUUGUAGGGUCUGUUUCUUUACUAAAAUCUAAGAUCAGAUCAAAAAUCCACAUCAUUAGGAUUUUUCAUCAAGAAAAGAAACGAUGUAUCAUUCCAAAAAAGGAUGGUUUUUCAUCCAUUUCGAUAGAAACGACCCACAAUGUCGACAGUAUUUUAGAGAAAGAGUAACACAGCUGCUGACAGUGUUGAAAGCUUGCUGAACUUUCAUUGUAUUUUGGACGAUUAGCUGAAGGAUACUGUCUUAGACUGGCCGAAUGAAGAUGAAUCUGUGAUGAUACAGCGCGUAUGUGCUGGAAAAGUAAGGUCUUGCAAGGUAUGCCGGCAAAGUUGUGUAGCGGUUUUGUCCUUGCGAACUAGGACAACAGAGGUCCUGUUUGUAUUGCAAUUUUACCACCCCGAUAAAGUAGACAAAGUUGACCAUUUAAUCCAUGCCUUUGGUUAAAAAAUAGCCAUUAAGAUAAGCAGUGUGGUCAAACAGCAGAUGAAUGUAUUAAAAUUGUUUCAAGUCACCGCUGGCAGUAUUCACUCUUUCCAGAUCCGUAGUAAAGAAUCACUUCGGAUCAUGUAUCCAAAGUAUCCAGUUUUGGAUAUGAUCCAAAGAAUUCACCUCAGUUGUGGAUCAUUUGGAUCAAUAAUCCAUUUUUGGAUUUUAGUAAAGAAACAAAAUGUUCAUUUUUGCAUUAAAAAUCCAGAUUUGGAUUUUUAUUUUUAAUAAAGAAACGCACCUGUAAAUUAAUUUGAGAUUCCCCCAGCUGGCUUUUAAGUGUUAAUAUUAAUAUAUUUUUAAGGAAUACUUUUAAAACUGUAAAAUAGUGUUCUUCCUUUUUUAAAAAUGAGAAAUUAAAUUUUUAUGCUCAAAAAAAUCUCCAGCUUACAGAACAGGAAGUGGCUAUAGCUAUUCAGUACGCAGCCGUGCACUCACUGGAGUCUGUUAGUGAAACCUUGUUUUUCUGUUUCUAUCCUUUAAUCUUCACAUACACUUCACUUUAAGGUCACUAAAAAUAAUUUCUGUAGUCACCAGGGGCUAUAAAUUGCCUUAAUUUUACAAAAAUACAAAAUGGAUGGGAGAAAGUCAGACCACAGGGAGUAGACCUUGGCUGGGAAGGAGGACUAACAUGUCUAAUUAGUUCAGUACAUUUUGAGUUAAGAAUACAUAUAUGCCAACUCCCCCAGAUUAUUCAGGAGUCUACAGAUCACCAAAUCUCCUGGAUAAAAUCAAGUUAUGAGCGUUUCUGUGCUUUAAUUUGGAAUUUAUCCCAUUUUCUCCCAAAAUUUGAAUCUUUUUUAUUCAUAGUUUAGUUUCUGGGGCAUUUUUGCAUGUAUUUCAUCACUGACAAAGAUUAUUUUGCCAUUACAAUAAUUUUGAUGGUCUGCACCUCGUAUUUAAAAGCUGUUCAGUUGAACAAGGUUGAAAAUUUUUUUCCUUCACAAAAUCUGCUUACUGACUUGAGUUGGUUGCAGAUUUGGUGCAAAUUACAAAACAUGUUAAAUUUCCCUUGAAUCCUGUGUAAAAACGUGCGUUCCAGUUUUCCAUGUCUGUUUCUCCAGAUUACAAAUGUCUGGAGAUCACUAUUUUUGUGGCUUUCAGAAAUUAAAUUUCUUAAGAAAUGGGUGUGGUUGCUUAAGAGUGUUCUACCCAUAUUGCAUAGUGCUUUAAUCCAGUCUGCAAACAUUUUGACGCUCAGCUCAGAUCAGCAGUUGCAUGGGGCCAUGCAAGGGGGUGGUCACACACCAUAGAAUGAUUGGAACUUGAACCCAGGAGGGUGCUUUGUGCUUGGCCUUGGGUACAAUGCAUUCACUCUCGCCCUAAAUUAGAAUGAAAACCCCGGGGGCGGGGUACUUUGUUAUAAUAGGCUAAUGGGGAUGUGCCGCUGGAUGGGGUCGCAUUUUCACGACUGGAGUGAUUAUAAUGGGUCGCAUUUUCGACAGAGUUACUAGAAUGGGGUCGCAAUUUUUGGGUUUUUGGGGUGGGAGUAGCCUGCGAAAACAUCCGUUUCUCCUCUCUCUUCGUCGCUGGGGACAUUUGAAGAGCGAGGAGAGACGGACGUAUUCGCAGGCUAGGGUGGGAGGACAGUUCUAUAUAUUUACGGUUAACAAACGUACCAGAAUGUUUGUACUGUAGGUGAAAAGUAAAGUGUUCUUCAUUCAACUAAGGUAGAUACAUAAAUAGAACGUGACUAAGUUGGGAUCGCGAAAAUUACACAUUUGCCCAAAAGUGACUAAGGUGGGGUCUAUAAUUGGCCACAGAAUAGACUAUAAUGGGGUAGGGGCUCUGAGAGGCCAACGGCACAUACCCAGCAAAAAGUAACCCAAGUACCCCCCCCCCCCCCCCGGAUGAAAACACAAUCUGCCGCCACCUUACGUUACCCAUUCUCCUUCAUUAAACCCCCACUUAUCCCCAAGAAUUCUCAAAGCAGUGGAGUGUGGUACAUAACUAUCCUGCUUUUUUUUAUUCUUUUGAUGAAAAUGAUACUAAUGUAGCUGCUGUAGAGGAAGUGAANGCUGCUGAUGAGGAAGAGAAAGAAAAUAAACCAGAACCUGCAGGCGAGGUGAGGUGUUAUUUUUAUGUAUGUUGGGGUAUGGAGACUACGCAGAUGAUUUAUUUACUUACAGUGUAAGGAGUACAGUUAAAACCCUGUUAAUGUGACCAUAUUGAUAUGAACUGCUGCCUGUCUAGCUCAGGUCGAGUGUUCAAAUCCCUGCCGGACCAACACUUUGGGUCUUUAAAUAACUGAAAAGAAAUUGCUGCCUUUGUAAUGACAUCUAGAAACAGUUAGACUUUCUAGUCUUUUCAAAUAGGGAGGGAAAUCAUAGGUCCCGUCUCACAGCACUUUCACUCUUUUACUUAAUAUAUGGUUCUUGUGGGGUGGUAAUAACCCACACCAUUGUUUGAAAAGAGUAGGGGACAUAGACCCCGGUGGUGUGGCCAACCUUUCCUGGGCUGGGUGGGUUAUCGUUUAAUAGUCCGGGACCAGGCUCCGCAUUGGGGAAAAAAGGAGAAGAAAAUCGGCGCGGGUGAAAAAAAAAAAUCGGCAAGCGAAGCGAGGCGCGAGGUAGUCUGGGGAGGGGAAAAGGUGGACCCCAUUUUUUGUCGUUUUUCCCUACUGCGAAGCCUGUUCCAGGCUAUUUAAAGAGUGAUCUUCCUCAUGAUUCUCCUUCAGGUGUCGUAAUUACUACCUGUAUGUAUAUAAUGCAUGGGUCAUUCAAGUUUUCACUGUCAUCCAAGUUUUCACUGUCAGAAGCACUUCUCAGAUCUGGGAGUGACGCAUCGUCAGUAUGGAAAUUCUGCGCUCGUUCCUAAUACGUCAUGUCGUCAUUAAACCAGUGGUGGUAUCGCGAAAUAUCGGCCGUUUUCUCAGGCUAAAUUAACUCUUUAAUUGGUUAAAAAAUUUGAAUAAGGAAGUCAUUGACCAUGAGCAUGCUAUCCCAAAAUUGAAUCUUGAGAUAAAUGCUGCAAAAGAAAUGGUAGCACAAAUCAGUGUUCAUUUGAAUAUCCACACCUUAAGAUUACACUAUUGAACUAUGCGCAGCGCCACAAGAAAUCACUGAUCCGUGUCGUCCAUAUUUUUCUUCGAAAUGAAUUGCAAACUAUUGAAACAAAAUUAAUACUUCUCCUCUAAAACAAGUCACGUGCAAGAAUUAAGCACCCCCUUCUAGGAAAAAUGAUCAAAAAACCAAAUUUGGACAUUUUUGCCCCAAAUUAUUGUACGAAGCAAAUGAAAAUAGUGAUUUUAACUUCAGCAAACAGUAAGAGACCAUUGCAUCUCUCGUAAGUGAUAAGUAAAACUCAGCCUUUUUAAUGGUCGUUUAUUGAGGGUUCGGCUCUAUUCUGUUUCAGGAGAAAGCGGCAGAAGAAGUUCGACCGGACUCAUCUGCUUCUGUUGGAGGAAAAGCUGAAUCCAAGUUAACAAACCAGUUUAACUUCAGUGAAAGAGCAUCUCAGACUUACAACAAUCCUUACAGAGUACGUGUUACAAUAAUAGCGACCUUAAGAUACACCGUUUCCAGGCGCGGAUCUGACCGAUUUCCUAAACGAGCGCCGAAGACUCAAGCUUCUGGGGGGUCCGGGGGCAUGCCCCCCUUGAAGAAAAGGUUUUAGAUUUUAACUCCCUAAAGUCCCCUUUUCUGGGUUUCCGAGGUUUUCAGACAGGAUAUUGGCCAGUUCUAUUCACCUUGGAUGAAGCCUUACAACUUGGAAAGUUUUUAUUUAUUAAAAAUAUAUCUAUUGUGAAAAAUCUAGCCGAUUUCCGUAAAACGAUGGAAACCGGUGUGGAUCCGCGACCGGUUUUUGCCGACGGGUACGGACAGACGAAGAUUUUUGUCACGUAGUUAUAUAAAGGGUGACUAUGAUUUCUCAGAUUUGAAAAUGGCAUCACCGUUCUACCCGGAAGCCUACGCGUUUCCCCCAGGUAAGAGGCAAUCUACCCGUAUUUACUGCUACACGUACAGCUAAAUGACCCGUACCCGCACACGGAAACGGUGUCAGUCUUAAAUACCAAGUGAGCUUUUGGAAGACUCAGUUCUUGUCUCUGGCCUGAAUUAAUAGACAGUGAAGACAUGCCUGAUGAUAGCCUGCGUUGCAGCCGGCCCACGCAGUCGUCUAAACCAUUUGUACAGAAAGUUUAGAGCGUCUGCGACGCAGGCUAGUCUGAUGAUAAAAAUUGAAAUUACCGGUUUUUUGAUAACUGUAAUAUUUUAUUUCAGGAACGUGGUACGUCGACUGAACCUCCACCAAGAGCAAAUUUCUCGGCCACUGCUAACCAGGUAGGUUUGGAUGACCCAGGUGUUGAUUGCUUUAUACCUUAAAACAAGAUAUAUUUUACACUGUGUGAAUAUAUGUAGAGGGGCCUCCGGGGUGUCAAGUUAUAAGCGGAAAUCAUACUAUAAAAAUUUGGUUAGAGAUAGAUAGGGAAAGGGUACACUACGAGCAGUCUCGCUUUUUCUUCGGAAUUAGAAAGGGCAGUGCACGCGCGCGCGAGCGUCGAGCGGCGAAGCCGCGAAACGCGAGAAACGAGGGCGGCACGCGCAUGGUCAAUUGCGUGUGUCGCGCGUUGUGCUCGACGGUCCAAGAAGAAAGAGAGACUGCUCGUAGUCUAGGACAGGGGGGCUUAUGACCGGUAUUUUACGUUUUCCUUGAUAAUCUUUAGAGGAAACGUCUCUAGCUUACCCUGAUAUAGGACUGAAUUAUGCGAAGGAAGACUUCCCAAUAUUUUUUAGAUUCUUUUCCAUUUCAUUUUCGUUUUUGCAUGCAUUCAUAGUUUUUCGUUUUGCACUUUGUACUGGUUUCCUCUCGGCUUUUUCUGUUUUUUUGUUUUGUUUUGUUUUGUUUUGUUUUUUAAAGUAGAAGUGAGUUCUAAUUUUAUAUCUUACCUUGUUUUUUUUUCUUAAACAGUGGGAAAUUUAUGAUGCUUAUGUCGAAGACCUACAAAAACAGGUUAGACUUGAUAGUUGUUUUUGUUUUGAUGAACUGUUUUUCUUGCAUUCAGAUGCGAUAUCCUAUAACAACAACGAAUAUCUAGCAUAUAGUUUGCAAAUCGGUACCUAAUUUCCACCUUCAGUUUCUUUGAUUUCUUUGGUUACUUCUCUGUUUACCUGAACACCUUGCGAUCUUUCAGGAGAAAAUUAAAGAAAAAGAAAGUAGGAAGACGCAAACAUUUAAGAAGGACGAGGAUAAAAAGAAGAAACUAAUGCAAUCUGAAGUACAGGUUAGUUACUAUCUGUUUAUACCCAGCAAAAAGUAACCCAAGUACCCCUCCCCCCCCCCCGGGAUGAAAACACAUUCUGCCGCUACUUUAAGUAACCCAUUAUCGUUGAUUAAACCCCAACUUAUCCCAAAGAAUUCUCAAUGUAGUGGAGUGUGGUACAUAACUAUGCUGCUUUGUCUUUGUCUCUAGCUGAAAAUGAUGCUAAUGAAGCUGCUGAUGAGGAAGAGAAAGAAAAUAAACCAGAACCUGCAGGCGAGGUGAGGUGUUAUUUUUAUGUAUGUUGGGGUAUGGAGACUACGCAGAUGAUUUAUUUACUUACAGUGUAAGGAGUACAGUUAAAACCCUGUUAAUGUGACCAUAUUGAUAUGAACUGCUGCCUGUCUAGCUCAGGUCGAGUGUUCAAAUCCCUGCCGGACCAACACUUUGGGUCUUUAAAUAACUGAAAAGAAAUUGCUGCCUUUGUAAUGACAUCUAGAAACAGUUAGACUUUCUAGUCUUUUCAAAUAGGGAGGGAAAUCAUAGGUCCCGUCUCACAGCACUUUCACUCUUUUACUUAAUAUAUGGUUCUUGUGGGGUGGUAAUAACCCACACCAUUGUUUGAAAAGAGUAGGGGACAUAGACCCCGGUGGUGUGGCCAACCUUUCCUGGGCUGGGUGGGUUAUCGUUUAAUAGUCCGGGACCAGGCUCCGCAUUGGGGAAAAAAGGAGAAGAAAAUCGGCGCGGGUGAAAAAAAAAAAUCGGCAAGCGAAGCGAGGCGCGAGGUAGUCUGGGGAGGGGAAAAGGUGGACCCCAUUUUUUGUCGUUUUUCCCUACUGCGAAGCCUGUUCCAGGCUAUUUAAAGAGUGAUCUUCCUCAUGAUUCUCCUUCAGGUGUCGUAAUUACUACCUGUAUGUAUAUAAUGCAUGGGUCAUUCAAGUUUUCACUGUCAUCCAAGUUUUCACUGUCAGAAGCACUUCUCAGAUCUGGGAGUGACGCAUCGUCAGUAUGGAAAUUCUGCGCUCGUUCCUAAUACGUCAUGUCGUCAUUAAACCAGUGGUGGUAUCGCGAAAUAUCGGCCGUUUUCUCAGGCUAAAUUAACUCUUUAAUUGGUUAAAAAAUUUGAAUAAGGAAGUCAUUGACCAUGAGCAUGCUAUCCCAAAAUUGAAUCUUGAGAUAAAUGCUGCAAAAGAAAUGGUAGCACAAAUCAGUGUUCAUUUGAAUAUCCACACCUUAAGAUUACACUAUUGAACUAUGCGCAGCGCCACAAGAAAUCACUGAUCCGUGUCGUCCAUAUUUUUCUUCGAAAUGAAUUGCAAACUAUUGAAACAAAAUUAAUACUUCUCCUCUAAAACAAGUCACGUGCAAGAAUUAAGCACCCCCUUCUAGGAAAAAUGAUCAAAAAACCAAAUUUGGACAUUUUUGCCCCAAAUUAUUGUACGAAGCAAAUGAAAAUAGUGAUUUUAACUUCAGCAAACAGUAAGAGACCAUUGCAUCUCUCGUAAGUGAUAAGUAAAACUCAGCCUUUUUAAUGGUCGUUUAUUGAGGGUUCGGCUCUAUUCUGUUUCAGGAGAAAGCGGCAGAAGAAGUUCGACCGGACUCAUCUGCUUCUGUUGGAGGAAAAGCUGAAUCCAAGUUAACAAACCAGUUUAACUUCAGUGAAAGAGCAUCUCAGACUUACAACAAUCCUUACAGAGUACGUGUUACAAUAAUAGCGACCUUAAGAUACACCGUUUCCAGGCGCGGAUCUGACCGAUUUCCUAAACGAGCGCCGAAGACUCAAGCUUCUGGGGGGUCCGGGGGCAUGCCCCCCUUGAAGAAAAGGUUUUAGAUUUUAACUCCCUAAAGUCCCCUUUUCUGGGUUUCCGAGGUUUUCAGACAGGAUAUUGGCCAGUUCUAUUCACCUUGGAUGAAGCCUUACAACUUGGAAAGUUUUUAUUUAUUAAAAAUAUAUCUAUUGUGAAAAAUCUAGCCGAUUUCCGUAAAACGAUGGAAACCGGUGUGGAUCCGCGACCGGUUUUUGCCGACGGGUACGGACAGACGAAGAUUUUUGUCACGUAGUUAUAUAAAGGGUGACUAUGAUUUCUCAGAUUUGAAAAUGGCAUCACCGUUCUACCCGGAAGCCUACGCGUUUCCCCCAGGUAAGAGGCAAUCUACCCGUAUUUACUGCUACACGUACAGCUAAAUGACCCGUACCCGCACACGGAAACGGUGUCAGUCUUAAAUACCAAGUGAGCUUUUGGAAGACUCAGUUCUUGUCUCUGGCCUGAAUUAAUAGACAGUGAAGACAUGCCUGAUGAUAGCCUGCGUUGCAGCCGGCCCACGCAGUCGUCUAAACCAUUUGUACAGAAAGUUUAGAGCGUCUGCGACGCAGGCUAGUCUGAUGAUAAAAAUUGAAAUUACCGGUUUUUUGAUAACUGUAAUAUUUUAUUUCAGGAACGUGGUACGUCGACUGAACCUCCACCAAGAGCAAAUUUCUCGGCCACUGCUAACCAGGUAGGUUUGGAUGACCCAGGUGUUGAUUGCUUUAUACCUUAAAACAAGAUAUAUUUUACACUGUGUGAAUAUAUGUAGAGGGGCCUCCGGGGUGUCAAGUUAUAAGCGGAAAUCAUACUAUAAAAAUUUGGUUAGAGAUAGAUAGGGAAAGGGUACACUACGAGCAGUCUCGCUUUUUCUUCGGAAUUAGAAAGGGCAGUGCACGCGCGCGCGAGCGUCGAGCGGCGAAGCCGCGAAACGCGAGAAACGAGGGCGGCACGCGCAUGGUCAAUUGCGUGUGUCGCGCGUUGUGCUCGACGGUCCAAGAAGAAAGAGAGACUGCUCGUAGUCUAGGACAGGGGGGCUUAUGACCGGUAUUUUACGUUUUCCUUGAUAAUCUUUAGAGGAAACGUCUCUAGCUUACCCUGAUAUAGGACUGAAUUAUGCGAAGGAAGACUUCCCAAUAUUUUUUAGAUUCUUUUCCAUUUCAUUUUCGUUUUUGCAUGCAUUCAUAGUUUUUCGUUUUGCACUUUGUACUGGUUUCCUCUCGGCUUUUUCUGUUUUUUUGUUUUGUUUUGUUUUGUUUUGUUUUUUAAAGUAGAAGUGAGUUCUAAUUUUAUAUCUUACCUUGUUUUUUUUUCUUAAACAGUGGGAAAUUUAUGAUGCUUAUGUCGAAGACCUACAAAAACAGGUUAGACUUGAUAGUUGUUUUUGUUUUGAUGAACUGUUUUUCUUGCAUUCAGAUGCGAUAUCCUAUAACAACAACGAAUAUCUAGCAUAUAGUUUGCAAAUCGGUACCUAAUUUCCACCUUCAGUUUCUUUGAUUUCUUUGGUUACUUCUCUGUUUACCUGAACACCUUGCGAUCUUUCAGGAGAAAAUUAAAGAAAAAGAAAGUAGGAAGACGCAAACAUUUAAGAAGGACGAGGAUAAAAAGAAGAAACUAAUGCAAUCUGAAGUACAGGUUAGUUACUAUCUGUUACUGGUAUGAGAACCUUACCACACUAAGCAAUUAUUUAUUUUGUUCUCAGAGGUUGCGUUACAGUCAAUUCUCGUAGAGGAAAGUGUGGGCGCCUCCAAAAAACGGACAUCUCCCUUCUCCCUACAACGGUCACCUAGCUGAGUUGAUCCAUAUUUUUCUUAAGCCUUUUUGCGUGACUCUCUGUAAGGUGGACUAGGAUAGUUUCCGUCGUAGAGAGAGUUGAGUGUACCACCCAGUUUGUCCAGAGUUUUGACACCAAAAGUGCCAUUUUCCUUCGAAAUGGACAAUUCAACAGAACCGUUAAUGCCCCGCGUGAGGGUGUGGGUUUUCUAUUAGGCUUUGUUCGACGAGCACAUUUCCUGGAAAAUUUGCUGUUAAGGUUUAUGGAGAAGACGAUAGCGCGGACGCAUUUCCUAGUUUAAGGCUUUGGUAAAGGUAGUGAGAAAAACUGUUGCCUCUGUUUAAUUAGUGAUGAUGUUGUCCUUGUACUUCAAGGGUGAUGAUAUCUCACGAAUCUCCAAACCAUGCAAGAUAGUGGAGAGAAUGGUGAAUCAAAACACAUAUGAUGAUAUUGCACAAGGUAUUUGUUACCAUUUUUACUAAUUUUUUUAUGCUGUUGGCUCUCAGUUUGUCGGGACAGACAAACAUGCAGGCCUGAAAAGACAAGCGAGCGCGUGUAAAAGAAAAAAGCAAUCACUCCCUCCCUAUUUUCCUUCCGCCUUUUUUGUAAUUCAACAGUCGCUUUUCCUUUUGCUCGUCCGGACUAACCGACGACAUGGAACAGGCUUGUUUAAUAUCACUGAGGGGAAAAGAAGUACAGCCAAGCAAAGUCUAUCCAUUUACAGAGGCAAUCUAGAUAAAACACAGCAAGACGUCGAACUCGUGGGUUUCUUUUCAAAAGUUGGCUUCCACUGUAUAUUGAUCUAUUACUUCAAACUCCAUCCAAUUCCAUCAACCUUUUUGCUUUUCUCUCAAAUACUUGUGAAACGUCGUGAACGUUUCCACUGACAAAAAAUUGUUUCCCUCACAAAUCCGUGUUUAUUAAUUGCUUUAAUCCACAGAUUGUUUUGUUCCCUCUUGCUAGUGACGUGUUGAAAUUUUAGUUUGUUGUUGUGAAAUUGUGUAUAGAUUUCAAGUACUGGGAGGAUGCAGCGGACGAGUAUAAAGACCAGGAGGGUACUCUAUUACCUCUGUGGAAAUUCUCCUAUGAAAAGUCCAAGAGAAUGGCAGUCACAUCACUCUCUUGGUAUGUGAACUGUUAGUUGAUAAUGUAAGACAAGUGGUGACUCGCCCUCGAGUUGACCGGACAAAGCCAGCGAACGAAGUGCGUGGGACAAACGCGAAGGCUUUGAGAAAGUCUAGAGGGGCGUAGGACGUUUUAACAUUUUUCACCGACAUUAACUCUGUGGCAACCCAGGACUAGGGACAUCGCUUAUCCUCCAAUCAUUGUUUGUAAACAUAAUUAUUUUGUUGGAUAGUAGUGUCGAAGAUGCGGCUGAAUAUCUCAUUGUUUCUGGUAACCGUUUGCUAGAUGGCAUUGUUGAAACUACGGCGUGAUAUAUCAACAUUUAUUGACCAAUGACCAGUAUUUGUUUGGUGGCGAUACUUGACCCACGACUAAAAGCGGCAACAUAUUUGACCAACAUUUGUGGCAUGGCAAUGUCAGAAACUCAGCUCAUCUUUCCAAACUUACUGGCCAUUAUUUGCUGGGUGAUAAUUUAUUUUACCUUUAUGUCUCAAUAUAAUAUUUAACUUUUGUCAGAUGUAGUCAUACAUCCCAGCAUUGUUUGCCGACAUUUGGUGUAUUUGGUUUUUUUCAUUUUUUAUUUGGUUUUAUGCUUUCUUCCCUUUUUUUCUCAAGAAAAUAGUUUUUCCCUUGAUGCCUUCUUCUCCUUUCAUUCAAAUUUUGCACCUGUUUGUUUUUUCUUUGUAGGAGUCCAAAAUACGUUGACUUGUUCGGAGUGGGACAUGGAUCAUGUAAGUUUAGAAGUGUUCAGUGGCUUUCAAAACAUUGCACUUGACCUGCAAUGUAUUGAGCCUUAUCUCAUUUAUCACAUUAAACCCGUUUCGCAGUUAAGACCAGGCUUUUCAUCUAAGAUGGAAGAAAGAGAGGGGCGGCUAAGAGGUUUCCCCCCUAAUUUAUCUUUUCACGUCUGGAGUAAAUCAUAGACACUGGCAAUGUGUAGUUUUAAACUGAUAUUCUGUGAAUGAAAUCUUAUUGUUUUGCCAUUUUUUUAAAAAAAAGAACAAACUUAGCAGCACUUUCACAUGGAACUUUGUAUUUCUUGUCAUGUAGAGAUUUGAUUUUUUUAAAAUUAGAAUUAUAAAGGUCAAACCCGAAACAAUUGGGAAACGUUCUUUACGACUUACUAUAUGAAUUUUAGAGCGUUCUUUCCUUCAGGCGUCUCGCGUUUGUUAAGCCUGAGACGAUUCUUUCGCCCUGCGUGCGUGAGACUUGACAGGCUUCACUGAAAAAGAUGUUUUUUUUUGUUGUUAGAUGACUUUUUAAAGCAAAGUAAUGGAAUGCUUACCAUGUACACCUUGAAGAAUCCUUCGUCUCCCGAGUGAGUAUAAAGCCUUCUGUAUGUAGCUUUCGUGAUCUGAGGGUAAUAAUUUCUUAGCAUCAGAAGAAGUUGUGGCUUCCUUUCUCGAGGUAUAACUGAAAUCAAAUCAGAAAGUUGUGACGACCAACCAGAGUUAAUCCUACAUUCAUUUUACUGCCCUUGAAAAGGAUAGAGUCUAAAGUUUUCCUGGUUUUAAGCAUCUGUUGCACCUUUAUUUUUUCAAGUUCUGAGUGUUGCGCUGCUUACAGGGCUGGGGCGGGGGAGAACUCCAAACCUAACACCUCAUACCCAGGGGCUUUUCCCGUAGGUUAUCCUUUAGCAGCCACCGUGCCCACCCUCCCUCCCCCCACCUUCCCACCUUCUAAUUCUUACGGACUUGUUUCAGUCCUGUGUGUAAAAGCGGGAUUUUACAGUAUUUUAUGAGUAUUAAGUACUUCAUUCACUUUGUCAUGUGCCAGGUACGUCUGUGAAACGGAGAGCGGAGUAAUGUGUUUGGAUUUUCAUCCCGAGCAUCCGAAUUUCAUCGCAGCUGGUUUUUACGAUGGUAUGUGAUAGCAAUAACAGUAAGAUUUCUUAAGUGUUUCUAACGUUUUGUUUACCUGAAUAGUCUGCUUGAGAUCUCGCUUUUGAAAAAAAGGUAAAUCAACAGCAACACGGUAGUAGGGACACUUUAGAUCGCAAACGAGGGGUACCACGGACAGGGAAAAGUCAGGGAAAAACUAACUUUUUCCUCGGUCACGAGGAAAUUCUGAAAUAAAUGUCAGGGAGAUAUUCUUUCAGUUCGUUACAGGUUCAGCGUUAAUUCGUUCUCGAUGCAGUACUCCAAUCUCGUGAUAAGGGUCCAGACCUCCUUUAUGGACGAAUAUAUUGAUAAUCGUAAAAGAUGCAGCAGGAAAUUUUAGCAUCAGUCUCAUUCCGUCUACAGUAACGCACUCACAUGGAAUAAAUAUUGAUAAAGCAUAAUUGUUUUUUGCCUCUUGUAGGGAGUGUUGGGGUGUACUCAGUUGUUACACCAGCAAAUAAGAUCGAGCUCAUGUACCAGUCCACAGCAAAAACUGGAAAACACACAGACCCAGUCUGGCAGGUAAGACAGCAGAUUGAAAUCACAACAACCUUGUUUCAUCUUGAUACUCCCAGAAUCAUCUCAGUUUAAUACCCCCUGGAACUUACUUUCGUUUGAGGCUAUUACGGGGAAAUAAUUUUUCGAAUUAAGCCUCUACUGUAUGCAACAAUACUAUUCACAAAUCGUUGAAACAGACACCCUUUCUCUUGAAUUUUCUUGAAAAUUUCCUACAUUCAUUCUUCGCACCAUUGUUCCCAGUCAAAUCUGCCCCUCUCCUUCCGUAAUGUUGAGCCACUGUAAUACCCAAAUCAACUCUGGGGAAGGGAAAACGACACACAAGUGUUUCUAGAUUUUUGACAAGUAUUUUAGUUCACAGUCAUGGACUUAUUACCUACACUGUUGAAACGGCAAGAAUAGACGAACAACUGCCAAGGGUGGUCAGCUUAUCAAAACGAGUAAUCACGGUCGAGUUUGUUUAUUACCUCAGAAUGAGAAAAAAGCUUUUUACUUGUAAAAAAAAGUUCAGAGGUGUCUGAUUUUCCACUUGACUCUUUAAAUCUUUUGUCUCUGUUUUGUUACAGGUAAAAUGGCAAAAAGAUGACCUUGAUAACAACAUGAAUUUCUUCUCGGUGUCCUCUGAUGGUAGAAUAAGCCAAUGGACGAUCGUGAAGGUAAAUAAAUGUACGCUUUGAGUUCUGAGGUUCAACCAAGCAUGACUUUCCACAGAAGCCCAGUUGGCGUUGAUUGCCACGUGGGCGUUAUUUUUGCCGCCAGUUGCACGCGUACAGCUGUUUCAGUUUACGUUCUAUGUUAAAGAUAUUGCCGUAAGAUUUAAUGAAACGUUUUCUCAAAUGGAACAGAAAGUGUAAAAAUGAUUCUCGGUCUCGAUUUUUUUCUCUUCGUUUAAUAUAAAGCUCGACAAUUACCGACGUUUUGAGCUGAUAGUCUGAGAAAAUGUGCAGUUUGCGUAAAAGGCGCACAAAGGAAACAUUUCUCAAUAACUUUGAGUCGCUUCUUUUUCUUUAGAGUGAGUUAAGAUAUACAGAUAUCAUUACCUUGAAGCAGGGGAAUGCCACUGAAGAAGGGGAAAAUACACAACUUCCAAGCCUAGGUAUUUUAUCUGCUGAGUUGUUACUUUAGGUGAAUUUUAGCUGCCGUAAUGUUUGUUACAUGUUUGGAUUCGGUUACAUGUUCUUUGAUUUUGAGGUUCGUAAUACAAAAUUAUAAAAAGAAAAAGUAAAUGAUUAGUUGAACAAAGUGUUAGAAUAUGUAAAAAGUUUCCCACGCGUCAAGUUUGUCCCCCCCGUUAGUCCUUUAUUUGAUGGGUGUGGCGUGGGGGAAAGGGCCAAGGGACCAUUUUUUGCCUACUUUGGGGGUGGGUGUGAGGAAGCCCCUCUCACCAGGCGACUCCCCCUAUUUUUCACCUCGUAUUAUCAUGUCUCGCUGCUUUCUGUUAGCCUGAUGUUUCUAGCUAAGUUCAAAAUCGUAAAGAAAUCUUUAUGCACGUCUUUAUUGUCAAAACAGGAACAUACGUUUAAAAGAUGCUCAGUCGCCUCAACCAAAUUGGAAAUCCAUCGGAUUACGUCCCUAUAAUUAAAAUUCUGCAUGACAAAAGUAAGAAGUAAACUUGUUUGUAUUUACAGGGUGUGGCACUGCAUUUGAUUUUCAUAAAACAAUGGACUAUAUGUUUCUAGUCGGUAAGUUGAUACCAUUUUCAUACAGACCUGUCUUAGUAUUACUAACUGUCUUUCUAAUUGUUAGUUUUGGUGUCAACAUUUUUACCAUUUUGGGGGAGCAAGUGUGGCGCAGUGGUGAGAGCACUCUCCUCCCACCAAUGUGGCCCGGGCUUCAAAUCCCAGUGUCAACGCCAUAUGUGGGUUGAGUUUGUUGUUGGUUCUCUCCCUUGCUCCGAGAGGUUUUUCUCCGGGUUCUCCGGUUUUCCCUCUCCUGAUAAACCAACAUUUCCAAAUUCCAAUUCGACCAGCAAUCAGGUAGACGAAGGACCACAGAGGGGAUGUGCUACCUUCAAAUCGUUAUGUAUUUUAUUCAUUCAUUCAUUCAUUUAUUGGAUCUUUCCUUGUCUACUUGUUCACCUUAUUGUCUUUCCUUUUUCUUUCAUCACCAGGCACAGAAGAAGGAAAGAUCCACAAAUGUUCAAAAACGUAUUCAAGCCAGUUUCUCGAAACUUACGACGUAAGU